AUGCACGCCAUCCACCUGUUCAACAUGCACCCGGCCAUGGAGAAGAUCCUCGCAUUCAUGAAGACCGUCAUGAAGGAGAAAAUAUGUGUGUGUGUGUGUAUGUGCGCGCGCGCGUGUGUGUGUGUAUUUCCACAUCCACACGACGGUGGAGUCGCUGCACCGCCACGUGCCGCGGGCGAUGCUGCCGCGCGCGCUGGGCGGCGAGGAGGACCGCGACCUGGCGCGCGACUACGGGCCGUGGGCGGUGGCGCAGGACCUGGUGGUGGCGGACGAGGCGCGGCGGCCGCUGCCGCCGCCGGGCGACAAGCAGCGCGCCGCGGCGCAGCUCUUCGGCUGCGAGGGCUCCUUCCGGCGACUCGCCAUCGACUGAGACGCGGUUGUGCAGGGCGAGGCACGUCCGUCGGGGCGUGCUGCGUGUUUGACGACUGCGCUCUCGCAGAACGAAUGCGUCCAAUGCGGAGCCCGUGA